CCAAUAUUAGCUGCGCACAACUGAGAACUGUAAAACAAGCGACCGUUGGGAAAAACACAACACAAACAAUCAAAACAAAAGAGCGACGCGACGCCAAAAACAUCAAACAAAUCCCAGGAUGCCUGUCACAAAAAUCUUCGUUCCUUGUGGUCAGUGGAAAAACUAGAACUCAGGUUUCGUCGGUUCCGUCAAUAUUUCGUGUAACAGAGAUCCUGGGAACGAGAUAAUGUGAAUCCAAUAUGGCGGGAGCAGCAUGUCCGUUUGGACGUUUGUCACCCUGUAAACAUGUCGCUCUCCGGGAUCUCAUCCAAGGUGUUAAGAAAUUUGUAGUAGUCUGCAAGCGUCAUGCAUCCAACAACAAUUCUUUCAGCAAUGAUGUAUUUUCGUAUAAUCGCUUGCCGGCGUCUCUUCACGAUCGUUUUGAAUUUAGACUGUUAUCUCUCAUGGCACCAAGAAACGCACACAAUUUUCCGCGACUGUGGAACCGGAGUUUAUUUUGGUAUUGCUGUAGGAGAUAUUGUUCAGGUAGUUCACAUAUUGAGAAAACACAAACUGACCCAAAGACAUUAACAAGACCGCAUCUUUCUCAUCUGUGUGAAACAAUAAAGAAGGAACUCAACUCAUCCAUAACACCUCUUAGAGAGGUAAGCCAUUAUUACUUUGAUGGUCAAGGAAAGUACAUCAGACCAAUGAUUGAGGGAGUAGAAAUACUCCCAGUCGGUUUCGUGUUUCAGAAACGGAAUAUGCUCCGGUGUGAUGGACCACUUGGCUCAUAUGCAGACUUUACCAUACGUUUAGGCUUCAUCGCGUGA